CGCUUAUUUUGAUCUCUGGAUUUUGUGACGAGAUAGCCCACCUGAUCCCCUGGAAAUUGCGGGGCCCCAGACUAUAUAUGUGAAUGGCCUCCCCAGAGCCCAUUCUUUUGGACCCGUCUUUAUUCUCUACUCCUAUGAUACUGUUCGGGCUGACUGCUAAAUUCCCUAACCCUCGAAUGGAGACUCUUUGACACCUAUCCCCACCAAAGUAGCAUUCGAAUACUCAGCCAAUAUGUCUGCCACAAGACAACCAUCCAUGUUCCUCUCUGGCAGAGCUCAAAAAGCCUGCCAGUCUUGCCAAAUCGCCAAAGUACGCUGCAAUGCGGUCGCAGGAUCUCCAUGCCAAAAUUGUACUCGGAAGGGCAUCCAAUGCGUAGUCAAUAGGAAAAGCCGACAAAAGUAAGUUUCAUGCCAUUUGAUUUCUGGCCAUCUACUCACAAAGGGCCAGGCCGCGGCGCAUGUCAACCCCGCCAUCGAAGCAAUCUCCAUCGAUAAAAAGUGAUAAUUCGUCCCCGUCAUGCGUCUGGUCAAGCUCUCGUGUACCGGAGAAUCCUCCAUUCACAAGGUUCAGCGAAGAGGACUUCUGGAAUACUUUCACCAAUCUGGGCUCUUCGGUGCCCGGCACACCGAAUGGUUUCGGUCACCCAGGACUCCUCCCCGCAUUUCUCAAUCCACUUCCUCCGAUGAUGACCAGGCAAACCGUUGACUGUCUUCGAGUAAAUGGAGUAUUAGCUCUCCCGAGUAUCCGUCUUCAGAGUGCUCUUCUGCGAACCUUUGUCGAGAGCGUGUUGCCAUCAAUGCCAAUUAUAGAGUGGCAGCAGUUCCUGACCGUGAUUCGCAAUGAAAACGGUGCUCAUGGAUCCGUGAGCUUGCUUUUAUAUCUGGCUGUGAUGUUCUCUGCCACCACCUUCGUGGAAUUGGAACAUCUCCUCGAAGCUGGGUAUACCAGCAGAAAGGAGGCUCACGAAGCUUUCUUCCAAAGAACUAAGCUUUUAUAUAAAGCAAACUACGAAUUGGACCCUCUGACUAUCGUCCAGUCGCUGCUCUUAAUGACCUACAGACUGGACACGGCGGAUGGUCAGGACAGUCGUCACUGGAUAAAAGCGGCCAUCACUGUGGCCCGAUCAAUAGGUCUUUUCCAAGACGCUUCGAUGACAAUGAACUUUAGCUACAGCCCAAAGCUGUGGAAACGCAUCGCAUGGGCAUGCUAUAUGACAGACUGUGUGGUCUCAUUAAGGCUUAGAUGCCGAGCCGCCAUCGAGCGAGCAGAAUUCUGCCAUCCACUUCUCACAGAAGAGGAUUUUGAAAUCUACAGCCUUCCAUUGGAGAACCAAAUACUCGAUCCUGAGUGCACGCUCGUUAGGGAUGUCAAGGCGCAAAGAGAUCUAGCUCAUGUUUGCAUUUCCACAGCCAAAUUGUGCACAUGCAUCAGCAAUGUCUUGGAUCUCCAGGGCAAACAAAAUACCCACAAUGCUGUUUCACCUAACUCCCCCUCGGCAAGCCCCAGCGACGACUACACCGGCCGAAUCUGCUCUUCGGAAAUGGAGCUAGCAGACUGGGCAAACACCCUCCCGCCACCUUGUCAAGCCUGUCCACUCGAACCACACAGCAUCGACGAAGAACCCACCGUCAUCCUCCAGCGCAAUAUCCUCCACAUGAUCUUCUACACCACAAUCGCCGUUUUCCAUCAAUCACAACCAUUCCCCUCCUCCAAGUCCUGCGUUCAACUGGCCGCCAAUCAAAUAUCUCGAAUUACCUCGGAGCUGUAUCAGCGAAAUUUGCAACACCGAUUACCCGUCGUUGGCGUCACGGCGAUCCUUGUCGCAUUGAUUAUUCACAUUUCCGAAAUGAAGACUCCCCGUUCCGAAGAGCGGGACGAAGCUGUACAAAAUUUCCAACUUUGCCUGGACGUCAUGAGUAGUCUGCGAGAGUUGUAUUGGGAGGCGAAUACUGCUACUACGUGGGCGUUGAGUGUGAUUCAAAAGGUUGCUUUCAAUGCAGGCUCGGGAUAUGACUGUCGUUUCCGGGAACGGUCUUCUUCAAGUGAUAGCAACAUGACGGAGACACUCGGUACAGCGAUGCCACAUUUGAGUAUCGCACCAACAGAUCAAUAGCCUGACUUGGCCUACUCAGCGUUGACCCGCGUGAAAUUUCAAUGUUUAUCUUGAGGUUCGAUAGUUGUACAAGAUUAAACAGAUUUGAAAAGACUAUUA